AUGGCUCCUGUCGCCCAGAGCGAUAUUGAGAUGAAUAACCAUACUUCGGACAUGGCCAGCCAGGCCUCCUCUCUUCGCCGACAAUUCUCCGAGCCACUCUCUGCUCAUUCGACUUCCACCCAAACAUCCCAAUCGCCUUCUUCUUUGACUCAUAAGUCCAAAUGCUACCUGUGUGGGGAAUAUUUCAAUACCUCUAGGUCAUCAAGUGAUGAUUCUUCUACUCUCAAAGACCACAUUGCUACGGCACACCCGCACAGUGCCAAGAGAUACUCUCUUAGUGCCGCAAAUGGACAUACCCCGAACGGGCAAUUUCACAACGAUCACGAGCUCACUGAAGAUGCUGCGGCAUCUGGAGUUGACGAUGUUGAAGCUGGUGAAGCUGGUGAAGCUGGUGAAGCUGGUGAAGCUGAAGAGGCUGACGGGAUAAGAACAUAUGACGCUGCCGCUGAGGGCGAGGUCGACGGAGCGAUAUCUGGUCUUCCUUCUCCCAUUCGACUCGAUGGCUUCUCUCGUGGACAGACUUCGAUUAUUGAGCAGCGUGUUCAUAACCUUUGGAAUAUUAACGACGUCUCCAAGUUCUCGAAGGACUUCGAGGACAGAAUUGACGACGUCGAAUACGCCUGGGAUACAGUAUUUCGUAACCCCAAGCGUGGCACGAAGCACGACGCAUCUGACUUCCCAGAGCGCCCUAAUCCUUACAAGAAGACAAAAGUUGCCAAAGGAGAAUUUCUCGAAAUUACACCUCUGGAGAACAUCCUAUCCCAGCUCCGUGAUCCAGAGUAUCGCUCUGUCGAUGAGCUCUAUGCGAUCACUGAGAAUGUGCAUCUCACUUUGAAGACAUGGCAAGAGGAAUAUCUCGCCAUUGACAAGCUCUAUAGGCUUGCAACUCGACAGCAAGGGAAGCCCAGUGCGGACCCGAGGAAGUUAGAGAACCCCAGUGUGUUCGAGAGUCAAAGAGAAGCAAUGCUGUACGGCUAUAAGUAUGAUCCCAAAGCUCUGGGCGGCAUCCAGGAUCCCUUCGAGCAGGGUGGCUUCAUGCCGACGGCCGCCCAGACCCUUAAAAUCAGAGCUAAGGGCGACCCCAACCCUGAUGGAUGGCCGAUAAUCCACAAAUUUGGCAUCCCGUACGUGCCAAUGCUACCGAAACCUCCGGCCCAAUCAACCGUCGCAAAGAACACGCGCCGGCGUAGAGCAGCAGAAUUGGAAGCAGCCAGCCAAGAAAUCGAAACGGACGACGCUUUCUUCGGAACGCCUGUGCCUGCCGAGGAUCAAGGAGACACUAUGCCGCCAGCGAAGCGGCGAACUCGCCAACGCCGUACGGCGCUCGAGGUGGAGCAAACACAAGACAAUACACCCGUUCCCUCAGCUCCCGCUUCUCCCGCUCCUAUAGCUGCUGCUACCCGGGGCGCCGGUCGCGGACGAGGCCGAGGCCGCGGACGAGGUGCCGCCCGCGCUCCUUCUCGGGCCGUUUCGGAAACGCCACAGCCAACGGUGAACGCGGCUUUAGCACGAGGUCGCGGCCGCGAGACCAAAGUAGUAGCCUCAGUGCCACACCCUUUACCGUUGCAGGCCCGGCCUCCGUCCGACCCCUCUGGAACAUUGUCUCAACUGGCGCAAAUCGAGCCGGCGCUUAGUGGGGCCCAAGCGGCUGUCUCUCCUGCAAUCACUCCAGCGGGAAGCGCGCAAGCCAAUGAGUCCCUGGACCCAGCUGAGCUGGCUCGACGAGAAAAGAUUGCUAAUGCCAAGAACCCCCGGCGCACGGAGGCCAUGCUCAACCACUGGGCCCGGUUCAACCGGGAGGGCCGAAUCCGCAAACCCAAGCGAUCCAAGUCCCAAGUUGCGGCUGAUCGCGCGGCAGAGGCCGCUAGGAAGGCGGCGGAGGCACAGAAACCCGUGAUCAAGAAACCCAAGUCCCGCACUCCAGGCCCUGUGAGCUCGCAAGUCGACGGGCCUAUUGCCCCGGCACCAUCAGCUGUGCAGCCCGUGUCGCUCCCUCUGCCCGCUGGUCCCCCCGGACUAGCGCCUAUGCCUAUGCUCCGGUCGAUGGCUUCUCCAUAUGCGCCCAUAGACCCUCGAGCCGUCGCAUCGUUUCCCCCAGGUCCUCCAGGACCAUUUCAGCAGCCUCCUGCGCCGGUGCCUUACCGCACCCCGUACCCAGGUUACUACAGCCCAUACGGGGCGGCGACGGCUGGAAUGCCACCACCAGGGCCCACGCGACCCGCAUGA